CGUCAGUCCGGGUGUGUUUUGAUAUAAUGUCCACGUAUUUGAAAAUUCAGUAGGGUGCCCACACCAAUAUGUUGGGCGUCCAGCAACUCAGCGAGUUCUUGUGAACAUGGAUUUUACCACACAGUAACGAUUUCAUUUGAGACAGCUGUUUCAGUUCUAUCAUCAGAACGUCACAGGAGGACUUUGCCAGAAUGAAAAAUGGACGAAGGUGACCCUCAGGUCCUCACAGGCCAAAUCGGGGAACUCAGAGAGGCCGUCCACCUGAACGAUGUGGCCAAAACAUUGCAGUGGUUUGAAUCACACCAUUCCAUCAUCACAGGCCUCCCUAAAGCAAGCGAGAAGGUGCUGAACAAACUUGUGUACGUAGUUAUAGAAGCAGUGCAACAGAACAGAGCAGAUGUGUUUGGGAGCAUGUUGAAGUAUUUGUUUCCCAGUAUGACACCUUCAGAUACAGAGCAAACCAACCAGCAGCUGCAUCUAUUAGUACAUGCUCUACUUGCCGACGGCUCCUUGUCAUGUCUAAAAAUCUUUCUUCGUCAUGGCUACGACGUGAAUGAUAUCGAUCCGGGUGGUAUGACGAUGCUUUUGUAUCUUGCCUAUAAGAAAGGCAUCUCCCGUGUAAAAGAUUACAAAGAGAAACUUCACUUUCUUGUUUCACAGGGAGCUGACGUGAACAAAGAGGGAAAACGUAGCUGGGCUCUUGCACCUCUACAUACGGCUGUGUUGUACAAUUCGGGAGAAGUGUUACUUCGUCUGUUGAUCGAAUCGGGGGCAAAAGUCAAUUUGCAAACCAGCCAUUCUCUUUGUACACCAUUAUAUUUUGCAGUUGAUAGGGGAAUGCCAAACAUAGUUAAUAUCUUACUUGAAAAUGGUGCAGAUCCAAGUAUUGGUGAUGUCCUGGGGGACACGCCUGUGCACAUGGCCGCUGUCAGACAUAGUAAGGGUGACGAGAUGCUUCGUGUGUUGGUUAAAUGGAACGCUCCGAUGAACACUGUAGACUCCCGUGGACGUACACCCCUCCUUUGGGCGCUGUCAAACUGGAAGGCGGUUGGGACAAGGCGACUUAUGUUGCUGAUGCAGGCAGGGUGUCGAUGUGACGGAAUUACAUUGACCAGGUUCCGAGACCAAACAGCAGUGAAACCUAAGUACAGGCUCAGGCUAUCGAGAUUGGAAGAACUGUUUGAGAUGUACCUCUUCCAGCCGAGAAGCCUCCAAGACAUCACAUGUUUCCGAGUACGGGACAUUCUUGGGAGACGUUUACCUGAGUUAGUUUUACGAUUGCCCAUACCCGACCCAAUCAAACGACGAGUACAGCUCGAACACUACUUUGGAAAACUGGAGUAAUGUGUUUUAGGGUGUUGUAGUGGCAGAAAAGGUUUAGCCGACGAAUCACUGCAAAAUAUAGGUGUAGCAGCCUGCGUUGGCUUAGGCUCAGGCUGUCCGUAUUUAUUUCAGUGUUACCCAUCUCCCGCCUGUCCUGAAUUAUCAUUCCAACGUGAAAUAGCAUGUUAUCUUAUCUCCUGUGUCUGUACAAUUUAUCUCCGUAUGCGAUAAUAAUAUCCUCAUUCCCUUGCGUACACAAAAGAAAAAAAACAGGUUAGAUUGGUG